AUGGCGACGUCUCGAGACGAGAAAUCACUCUGGGAACAAGUGUGUGAGGAGUUUGACGCGGAGCGGCCCUGCUGUCCUCCGGGAGCCGUGCGGACAGACAGCGGCCCUGUGAGCCCUCACAGCUCCAGGACUCACUCCGCACUCCUGACAGCCAAGGAAGAUGAUCCUCUUAAAGAUUUGGACUUUGUGUUAGAAAAACACCCAACUUCACAUCAGAGGCCUCCAUCAACAGCUGAAAUCAUGUCUUCUCCCCAGAUCACUGAACACCCUGUCACACACUACUUGGAGAGGAGAGUGUUUCCAGUUUUGUUACCUGGACUGGAGGCUCUGCUGAGAGAGGCUGAGAAACACGGCUGCUUUCAGAGGAAAACAACAGCAUUUUUCCCUUUGGACUUUCUGACUGAAUGGCUGUACAAUCAUAACCCCUGCAGGCACGGACAGGUCCAGGUCGACUUUCACGACAUCCCCUUUGUCAAAGACUGGCUCAGCCUGCACCCCAGGCCUCCCCUCCCUCUCUCUCUGCUGCUGAGCGACGACCAGGCCGCUCUGCUCAUCCAGGCUUUCUGGAGGGGAUACAAGAUCCGGUCGCGGCCUGACGUGCAGGAGCUUCGGCAGUUGCAGAGAAGACUGAGAGAGAACCGUGACAUCGCCAAAACCGUGGAGAGGUUCUGGGCGCAGCAGGAGAGACGAGUGGGGACGGUGAUGAGCGAGGCUCCGGAGAGCCCCCGGCCCGAGGACGUGUCCAUCAAGGUGCUGUCCCCCACCCCACAGAGCACGGCCGUCCACACGCCCAGCGGCCACAUGACCCCGGAGGCCUGCGACCGGCUGUCGCCGGGCUCCGCGGCGCUGAUGAGCUUCCUGUCCGUGUCCGAGCCCAUCAGCAGAUCGCCGCCUUCGCCCGGAGCUAAUAGCCUCGGUCAGACCGGCGCUAUUUUUAAGUGA